UAUUGGGCCAGAAAGGGAGAGCCCAACAUAAAACUCUUACUAGUAUGAGUCAGCUUUUGUUCACUCGUUCCUGUGUUGUUCAUCUUUAUUUUUGAAGCAUUCUCUCCCUCACCAGGCGCCGCCGCCGCCGACGUCGAGAUGGCUCCAUCUAAGAAGACGAAGAAGACUCAUGAGAGCAUCAACAACAGGUUGGCUCUUGUCAUGAAGAGUGGCAAGUUCACUCUUGGUUACAAAACGGUCCUCAAAACCCUUAGAUCUUCAAAGGCAAAGUUGAUCAUCAUCUCAAACAAUUGCCCACCCCUAAGGAAGUCUGAGAUUGAGUACUAUGCUAUGUUGGCUAAGGUCGGAGUUCACCAUUACAACGGAAACAAUGUUGAUCUUGGAACUGCUUGCGGGAAGUAUUACAGGGUGUGCUGCCUCAGCAUUAUUGAUGCAGGUGACUCAGAUAUCAUCAAGAGCAUGCCCGACCACUAAAUUUGCUGCCUUGUAGAAAGAAGUUUUGAGGUUUAUUCAUAGGAGCUUUGUUUCUGUUUCAGUCUCUUGGACCCGUUUGUUUGUAGACAUUCGACUUCUAUAGAUUCAUGUAUCUCGUUUAAACUUGGAUGCCACUUUUCUCUUGUGCUCUUUUGAUAUGAGUCUCUUGCUGAUCAAGUAAUAUGGGUUUACAAUGGUC